GCCAAAAGCCAGAAUAGCCGUGGGAAUCUGGGACGACCCUUCAACGCCAGUUGUUGUAGCAUCAGCCUCUUCUAGUGACCCACAGGAGCCGAGAAAUCAUUUAACAAUCCAGGAGCCGUCAUUUGCUGCAAAUGACUUAAGAGGGUCCCUUCUCUGUCCUUGGGUACAACCGUUCUUUCCCGGAAACAAAAUGGCGGCUGAACAAACAACCAGUGCCGGAUUUGGCCUCCAGUUCCAGGCAACUUUGGAGAAGUGGAUGCAGCCGGGGUUCAAAAUUCAGGAGCGGGGCCUGGAGACUUUCAAACCAGGGGGAGAGCUGGGAGGAACAGGAAAGCCCUCAAGGUCAUGCCAAGGUGUGAGGUUGAAGGGACUGAGUCCAAGGACACAGGUACAACAGGUUAAACAGGAACCGGGCGAAGUGCUACUUCAGCAGUGGGAAACGCAGUGGCAGGAGUUCUUGAAGAUGGUGGAGUCCCAGCAGUAUAGAUGGGGAAUACCACAGCUGCUGGAGGAGCCCUCGCCGUGGGAUGACACUAAGGCCUUCCUGGCCUCCUUCGAGCAAGUGGCCAAAGCCUGCCGGUGGCCCAAGGAAGAGUGGGCGGCCCGACUCCGGCCCGCUCUCCGAGGGGAAGCUGAACAGGCCUUUAGCAGGCUGGAAGCUGGAGACAGAGAGGAUUAUGGGAAGGUGAAGCUGGCCAUCUUGGAAGAGGACGCCGUGUGCAGGGAGAAGAAGCGUCAACACUUCAGGCAUUUCGCUUACCAGGAGGCCGAGGGGCCGAGAGGGGCUUACAGCCGGCUCCAGGAACUUUGCCAGGGUUGGCUGAAGGUGGAAAGACGUACAAAGGAGCAGAUCUUAGAAGAGCUUAUCCUGGAGCAACUCCUCACUGUCCUGCCACCGGAGAUCCAGAGCUGGGUCAGGGAAAACAGCCCAGAGACCUGCUCCCAAGCGGUGGCCUUGGCUGAGGAUUUCCUGCAGAUGCAGAACCAGGACCAGAGGCAGGAGCAACAGGUGCCGUUGCCACUUCACCAGGCCGUGGCCGCCUCGCUCUCCAAGCCUGAGCUGGAUCCCUCGGACAACGGGAAGAGGCAAUUGUGUGGGAAGGUGGAGCGUGAGGGGGACGGUGGAGACGUAAUUUCACUGGGUUACUGGCAGGAGGGCGAGAACAAGGCAGUCAAGAAUCUCAGGGAUGGUUCAGAGCCACUGGAACCAAUCCAAAUCGUUCCAAGAGCAGUGACAGAGAACUUCUCUCAGGCUGACCAACGGGGAGGAGAUGCCUCCAGGAACCAGUGGAGUAAAUGGCGGGAAAACCGCACCCCAAGAAAAAGGCCGGCCAUGCUCAUUUCCUGCCAGGCCGAGGAGUACCUGCCCGGUGAAGAGCUUCUAGGGCAGAAACGCAAAGCAUUCACCACAUGUGAGAAAGCCAUCAAGCUCAGCUCGGACCGCCACCAACAGGAGAGGCCCUGCCCUGGGGAGGCGCCCUAUCAGUGCCCCGAGUGUGGGAAAAACUUCAUUCACCAGAGAAACCUCCACACGCACCAGAGACUCCACACCGGGGAAAAGCUGUACGAAUGUUCCGAGUGCGGCAAGAAAUUCCUCAGCAAGUCGAAACUCGCGCGGCACCAGAGGCUCCACACUGGCGAGAGGCCGUACAAGUGUUCGCACUGCUGGAGGAGCUUCAGCCAAAGCUACAACCGGACGGAACACGAGCGAAGCCACUUGGGGGAGAAGCGCAAGAGCGGCAUCAGUCGCUCCUGCGUAAUUGCGCCUGAAGGAACUUGUAAAGGAGAGAAGACGUAUAAACAUUCAUAUUGGGGGAACUGUCUCCCUUCAAGCUCCACAGAGACGUAA